CAAAUAUCAGAAGAGUGUAUGUUGCUGUAAACUUGUAAAGGAAAUUUAUAUUCUUACUUCCAUGUCGAAAUGAUAUGAUUGGAAAAUCAAAUUUACUCUUCUGAAUUAGCUGAGUAAUAAAAGAACAGAGGCAUGGGCUGUCAGAAUUAGCUGUGAGUAUUUGACACGCGAGUUGACAUAUAGCACAAUGUCUGGAAAACUUGUGUCUCGACUCCUUCAUUUAAGCUGCAUGUUGUAAUAAGAGAUCGAUUGAUGACGAAACCCUCUGGAGACGCAAGAGACUGCAAAUAGUAUUUCGUGUCAGUGCAGGAGUUCUGAAGACAAAGACUUUUUCAGCGUCAUUUUUGAAUUGAGCAGUGUGUGUUAUGCUGCGGAAGUGCUGCUAAAUUUUUUAACGUUGGUAAGAGGGCAAGAUGCAGUAGAGUUUCCACGGGCUGUAGAACUAGUGUCGCAGGGAGGCUGGCCCUGUUACUAUAGCAUCCAGCCCUCACAGUUAGCUUAGCAACCAGCUUAACCAGUUUGAAAAGGUAACCAGUCUGAAAUCUGAGGAAAUAGGACAACAACCAGUCAAAAUGUUGGCCCUGGAUGUGAAUUUGCUGACCAGUCGUCUUCAGAAACAAUGCCUGGAUGAUACCAAUAAGCUUGCACCGGUGAGCAAUGAGGGACUGAAGCUGAGUGAGUCGGCCCAGGCAAGACUGGCCGCGGCUGACCCAGGAAAGGAAGUAUGGACAAUGUCUCUGACCCCAACAUCUAGCUCUGGUGUGCAGUACUGCAAGGGCGGGAGCAAAGAAAGAAAUCCGGGAGAUGAUGGGAACAGUCCCUACCGUACCCCACCCACUGGUGCUGUUGAUACCACCUCGUGUGAUAAUUGUCAAGGGAGUUAUGGACACGGGGAAACGCGGCCCAAGAAACGCACGUGUAGGUCAAUAACAGUUCCUCUUGAACACGAAUCAGAAACAAACAUACCCCCUGCCAAAUCGUCAUGGCAACCAAAAGGUUCAGAUUUAUGGAAGCCCGCUACGAUGAAUCCAAUAAGAAAUAGUUCUCGCCCAGGAAUGGAUGGGAAGUUUGAUGUUCGAACUGUAACAUGGUCUCCGAUUGACUGUAGACAUUAUGAGUUUUCUAGUUUAGCUCCGUCUGUGCAAAGACACCGAGAAACUGGCCACAUAACCCCGGACGACCUCUUAACCCCACCAGAAUCACCAGUUCCGAGACCUAACUCUGUGUUUAGUAACUGUUCAACACCAGUAUCACGUCCCCAUUCUGUGUACAGUGAUGGUGCAAUCAGUCCCUAUAUGAGCGAACCUUACUACAACUACAUUGACCAUUCUCAUAACCGAAUUCAGCACAUUCAAGAAUUCAGGAAUCGCAGUCUUUCAGUAGAGGAACGGAUCUCAAACAUAUCAGCAAAUCCCCAAGUCUCAAGCUUUUAUGCUAGCUCGGCAAAUACUGCACAAGGAGCGAUGUGUGGUAUAACCCCUACAAACAAUGCAAUUCCCACAUCCCCCCAUCAUCGUCAUCGCGUACCCCGAUGUAGAUCUCAGCCGUCAUUUUAUGACAGAAAAUCAGGGAGAAGACGAAGGCGUGACUCAAGACCAACAUUAAAUUUCCAUAAAAUGACGGAGACUGCUUACGGCUAUCUGCGGAAGUCUGAUGGAUUUUUAGCCCCUGAGCGUCAUGGAUCUCGUUUCCAUAGUGACCUGGAAAAUGCGAUGAGUCUUACCACAAUCGCAAGCUCCCCACAUGACCAGGAUCAUCUUCAACAUUUUGAGCACCAGCCUGGCUCGAAUGUAGCUAAAACUGUUGAUCGUUUCUAUAGUAACGGUAGUCCAAUUCAUGAAUUUGAGAGUACAAAUCGUGACAGUGUGGGUGUGUCUGAUGUCAUAGCAACCAAAACUGGGCCAGUCAAGCUGUUAGGCGACCUUGAUGAUGAGGAUAUGGAAGUGUUCCAAUUCACAGAGGAGCUUGAUUUGGAACAGAUUGAAAACGAUUGAAAUAAUUUACAUUGCAAAUAAACAUGGACCUUGUUCAUCACUAGUGGGUAGCGUACUCAUGCUACGGACAUUAUAGUGGCAAUACUUAUGUAAUGUUUUAGUGUACAUAUAAUGCACCUAUCAAUGUUUACCCUGAUGGGGUGGAUGGGGUGUGUGUUCAUACAGGGAACUUGAGACAGCUGGUGAUUCUUGACACACUGGACCAGGCCUCAAUAUCACAGAAAUACUGAAGUCAAACCUCAAUCUCAAUUUCAACUCAUUUUCCCUGAAACAUAAAAAAUUAUUAAAAUUGUGGAAGUUUUUACUCUUUUUAAUAGCGCAAUUCCUCUCAUAGACUAUGUUGAUUAAAAGUUUUCAAAGAAACUUUAUUCUACAGUCAAAAAUGCAUUUUGAGUACAACUUAUUGUUUAAAGUAAAGACUGAAAUACAUUUUUGCACUAGAAUUAGCUUUCUUUUAAAUAAUGACUAAAGGUUUUUAUCAACACAUUUUUUGAAAAAGAGUUAAAACAUACAAGAUUUUGAAUCAUGCCAUGCUUUCAUGUGUUACAAAGACUUGAGAAAUGACUUGAGUAUUUUCAUAAUAUUGGGGCCAGGUGAAAUUGUCACCCUGUAAAAUAGACGAGGGUGAAUAUGUUUACGCCUGGCAGACUUACAUACUGAGGGAUUUUGACAAAUAAUCCUGCUCCAGUGUUGCUAUUUAGACAACAAAAUUUUGCAGUUUUUCUAAAUCUCCUGUAUGUGCCCAAAGGCCACCCAAUGGGGCAAAAUAUUAAUAUGUGCAUAUUUUUUUGUCGCACAAUGCCAUUUUAGUACGCCUCUGAAGCAUUUAGAGAUGGUCAGACAAAUCAUAGCGACUGCACUACAUGUAGUUAAAUCAAAAUUGAUCAUGUAACGUUAGGCAUCAGCUUGAAUUGUAUGGCAUUUAGAUAUUUUUCUUAUCACAUAUAACAUUAAUGUGACAUUUUACAUGUAAGAUUCAAUAGUUAUUUUAGUUUGUCAUGGAGACUUUGUAUCAUAAAUUUAAUUGUUAUAAUGAUACAUGAUUAGAAAGGCAAAACUGUUAAAAUUCUUUCUUAGAAAGUUAGGUUAAUGAACUUACUGAAGCAACUUGAAAGUAAACAUUGAAAAAGUUAUGGGCAUUUUAAAGAAAUCAUGCAUUAUUUGAAGCUGUUUUAUUGGAAAACAUGUUUUGAAAAGUUUGUUCAUUAGCUUACCACUGUUAGGUGUAUUUUUUAGUUAAUGUUGAAUUUCAGCUGUAAAAUGCCUUAAUUUAGCUUUUCACAUCACCAACACAAGUUUUAAGGGCUGUUGUAUUGUAGGAAAAAGUAUAUAUUUAUUUGAAUUGUUUCGCUUACUAUAUAAUAAGGGCAGACAUAUUUGAUUUUAUACAUACAAGUGAUAUAUCAUUGUGAUCUUUACUGAUAAUAUCUUUAUUUUGUUUUUAGCUUGUCUGUUUUUGGAAGAAAAAUAAUUCAGACAUUGUCAUAGCCUUGGUGUUGUUGUUGUCAUUAUCGUUGCCGUUCUAUGCGGUUGGCAUCAUCAUUGUUGUUGUAGUUAAAUGAAGUGCAAAAUAUUAAACCUUCGCCAUAAAUCAAACUUUGAUCAAAAUAUUCAAAUAAAUCAUGUUUCUUAAGGACCAUAGGCACAUGAAUAGGGUGACCAGAAACUCUGCAGUGGGGGGGGGGGGUAAGCCUGUUAACGAUGAAUUUUUACAAGCAUGUUUAAAUUGAACUGCAGAUUUUACAUGUAUGCGAAACUACACAUAACCAAUACAAGCAGAUAUCGUGUUUUGCUACCGCUCUUGUCACUUCCAAACUUGCCGAGUAGCUGGUGAUAAAAAUGUUACCAUUUUCCAAUAGAUUGAAUUAGGACUCUGAAAUAGGACUUCCAAUACUUUAAAGCGGAAUUUCUGUCUUUUUUUUAUCAAAAUGCAGUGGUUUAGAUUAUAACAUGUUAAAAUGUGUUUGAUAGAUUUUGUGCACAUUAGAAGUGCUGAUAAGAUGUGUUGUUUAUGAAAAUGUUACAUCAUUGUAAUGAACCCAGUGAUAAUUUUGUUGUGAUAUAGAGUUAUGUUUACGAAGUUAUUAACACUGGCUUAAUGGCAAUUACUGAAGGUGGUUUUAGUUUCAAGAGCAUUUUAUUUUUCUUAUACAUGUAUUCAGGAGUCCAUCACACUUUUUUGCAAAAACUGUACUUAUCCUUCCGGGCAUAAAUGCUCUGAUAGACCAGCAGGGAGAGGGAAAGGCUAUUUGUUGGGUAUUUGUUAACCAAUGCUUUUCACUGAAAGCAUCAUAUUGGCCGCCAUUUUGUUUUCCGUCACACCUGCUGUCAUAUUUUAUAUAAACAAAUGCCUUAUUGUACUUGGGUAGGUUACACAAAACUAAAAAUUUUUUUUUUUUUUUUUUUCCUUUGUUCAUUUAAUUAAUCAGAUGAGGAGAAAUAACUACACUCUUGAACAUGUGUAUGUCUAUUUGGUCAAAUACGGUAUUGUGUAUAUAAUGUAUCCAGAUUAUGUAUUAAUGAAAGCUUUUUAUAUCAUAAUGGUGUCACCAUUACAAAACCAAGGCUAUAUGGUCAAAGCUUCUCAAAUUUAACCCCCCCACACACACAAGAUUGCAUAUUUAUUGCAAUCUUACAAGGUCUCUACUAAUAGUCCUAUUCCAUACGUUCUAGAAACUAUUUUUUUUAAAUAAUUAACUAAUAAUUUACAAUAUUUAUUGAUUUAAAGGAUAAUAAAGAUAAUUUGUAUAUUUAUUUUUUUAUUUUUUUAACCUUUUGUUAACAUUUAUUAUAUUCUUGUUUUUAAAUUGUUAUAGUUUUGAGGAGGGAAAAAAGCAGUUUUUUACAAUGGGCAUGUUCUUAUUAUGAAAUAUGAAUACAUGUUCACGUGGUACAUUUAAAAUGUAUACCAAUAAAAAGGGACAUAGCGUUUUUUCCCUUGCUUGAAAUUCAGACCUAGAUUCAUAAAGUUGUUAGUUGAUCUUCGUGUUAAAGUGUUCAUUUGCAUAUCUUUUAUGUUUAAUGGACAUUGGAAGUUUAAGUUAAAACCAGUCUUUGUUUUAUCAUUAUUGCCAUACUUAUUCUACUAUAUGCUAUUAAAUGGAGUGUUCUAUAUACAUAUUAUUCACCAGUCUGUAUGUAUUAAAAAAUUGUCAGAUAAAAACCAUUUUUAGCUCCGUUUUUUUUUCCCGAAAAAAAGUCUAAGUUACUGUCGUAGCUUUCAAAGCUAGCAUGGUGUGAAUGAGUUAUACAAAUAAAACUUGGUACACAAGUACGUUGCCAGAGAAAAUAAACAUGUAUAGCAAAGCCCAUAACUCAGGCUUGAAUGAUUGCUUAUUUAUGCCCCUUGCUCGACUUUAAAAAUAACAAGUGGCGAGCGUUGGCGUUAAAUUUAUGAAAAAACAAUGUAAUGUUAUUCAAUGAUGAAAUGACAAAAUGAAUUGUGGUUAGAUUGUGUUUCUUCAUUUACAUAUUUGCAGAGUUGGAUGUGUAUAUUUACAUGAACUGUGUAUUUUUCCAUGUUGUCUUUGUACUGAUAUUAAACCUUGCCAAGACUU